UACAAUUUUAUUACAUGUGCCUGAAGUGCAAUUUAAAUUUGAAGCGACAAAUUCUCAAGUCAAAUCUCGUUUGUCAAUUCUGUAUGUGUGUUGUAUUUAUUUAGGAAUAACCCAUUUUUACCUUACGCAAUUGCAAAUUGUGAAAUUCAAAUUGCGUACCUGUUGCCACAGAAGGAGACUUUGCACACGUGUCUGCGUGUUUUUGUGUCAUUGAUAUUCAAAUCCUACCUGGUCUAGCCAGGUAUGCGCUCCGAUUGCAUAGCCUCAUGGUCUGAUGUCCUGGCCUCAUCAGCUUUCAUUGGCUACCUGUGAACAUUUAAAAUCCUGCCACUGCCACCGAGAUUGCAUCAUUCGUUUGUCGACAAGCAAGACGGAAGCACAUCGAUUUUCUUUCUUUUUUUGCAAUUUGCCAAAUACGAAUUCAAAUACACUCAACUUGCAACAAUGUCGUGCAACUGGGAUAAGAGAAAUGGCCGUGAGACGUUGAGCUAUGCAUUGUUUUUGCAUCGCCAGGAGUUGCAACGCCCGAAGCGUUUUCGUCGCCUCAUGGCCAUAGCAAACACCAAACUGAAGCUGACCGAUGAACUGAUCCGGUUGCAGCGUUGCCAAUGGAAGUGGCAGGCGCCCAGCGAACAGCAGCUGGACGCAUUGCUACGUGAGCGCCAAUAUCGUGAUAUAUUAAAGCACAACAUGCAACAGCACCAGCUGAAGCAACAGCGCAAGCGGCGACAGUGUCUGGAGGCCAAAUUCGGGCGAAACAACAGACAGCAGCAGACUCGAUUUUAA